AUGGUGUAAAAGGAAGUGUUGCCACGCAGGUGUUAUAUAGAUCUGCAUUUCCUCAUCAUAUGACUGUUUUUGUCAUGUGAACAACAGCAGCACGGUAUAUCUGUUGUCUCGCCGGCUGAAAUGAAGACACAAUCGAUAUGAUGCGUAUAAAUAUCGUUCAGGCUGCCUUGAACAAGUGUUUUUGGAUGAUGUCCCUUCACAAGACAUGUCAGAAAGAAAUUGCUGUGCAGACGGAUCCCCCUCCACGGACACACCACAAGUCACAUGCCUGCAUGGCAGGCAGGUCAUGGCAAGUCAUCCACGUGUCAGGUCAGCUGGACUGCAAGUUCCAAUCCAAGUUGGUUGUUCCAAAGGUUCCAGUUCAGUAAAAAGACAAACUAAAGCCGAGCAUCUUCAUCUUCUUCAUCUUCUUCUUCUUCACCGUUUCCAUUCUGAGCAUCAGUUACUCUUCAGGUUUUGUGGUCACCAAUGUUCAGUGACAUCAUUUUACCAACUUACUAUUCCCGGUCCUGCCGAGUGCCAUGUCGCUACCAAAUGGCCACUCCAUCAACACGGCCCCUUUGGACGAGCACGAGGACAGUGAACCCCUCAUUGAGAAUGAUGCAGUGCCUCCUCAGUGCUGCUCGGCUCGCCUCAACCUGGCCUUCCUGAUGUUCUUCGGGUUCUCCGUGGUCUACGGUCUACGUGUCAACCUCAGCGUUGCCAUGGUAGCCAUGGUGAAUAACACUGACCCCAAACCAGCCAAGAACAGCUCCGUGAUCUACGCCUGUCCACUGCCAGAGUCCGAAAACAGCAGUGACUCUUUCCAGCAACCUGAGGGGAUCCCCCAGUACCCGUGGGACUCGGAGACUCAGGGCUGGCUGCUGGGAGCCUUCUUCUUUGGCUACUUGUGCACACAGAUCCCGGGGGGCUAUCUGUCCGGUCACUACGGGGGGAAGAUCUUCCUGGGUUUGGGUGUGCUGGGCACUGCUGUCCUCACGCUGCUCACCCCUCUGGCUGCCAAUAUGGGGUCAUACUGGCUAUUUUCACUACGAGCGUUGGAGGGCUUCGGGGAGGGCGUGACGUUCCCGGCCAUGAUGGCCAUGUGGGCACGGUGGGCUCCUCCUCUGGAGCGCUCUCGCCUGAUGACCCUGUCAGGUUCUGGGGCCAACUUUGGGGCCUUUUUGGCUUUACCGCUCACCGGCUACAUCUGCGAAACCUUAGGCUGGCCUGCUGUCUUCUACCUCUGUGGGGGUGCUGGUUGCCUCUGGGCAGUCUUCUGGUUUAUUUUUGUAUCCGAUGACCCUCGGACCCACCAUCGAAUCAGCAAAGAGGAGAGAGAUUACAUCAUAAACUCCAUCGGAUCUCAGGGUAAAGGUCACGGAUGGUCCGUGCCCGUGCUGUCGAUGCUGAUGUCGGUCCCUCUGUGGGCCAUCAUCGUCACCCAGAUAUGUGCAAACUGGUCCUAUUACACCCUGCUCACAUCCCUGCCCACCUACAUGAACAGCAUCAUGCACUUUGACCUCAAAUCAAAUGGUUUCCUCUCUGCUCUGCCGUACCUCGGAGCCUGGUUGUUGUCGAUGUUGUCGGGUGUGGUAGCAGACAGCCUCAUCGAGAGGAAAGUGUUCAGCAUCACCGUCGUACGCAAGCUCUUCACACUUGCAGGUCUGCUGCCAGCAGCAGCUUUCCUCGUGGCUGUGGGUUAUGCAGGCUGCAGCCACAUCCUCACCGUCACCUUCCUCACACUGUCCACAACCAUCGGAGGGACCACUGCCUCCGGAGUCUACAUCAACCAAAUAGACAUUGCUCCUCGCUAUGCAGGUUUCCUUCUGGGAAUCACCAACACAUUCGGGACCAUUCCUGGAGUCCUGGCACCCAUUGCUACAGGAUACUUUACUAAGGAUCACACCCUGGCAGGCUGGAGGAUGGUGUUCUGGGUGGCAGCUGGGAUCAACGUCGGCGGCGCUCUCUUCUACACAUUAUUUGGCAGCGGGAAGAUCCAGCCGUGGGCCGACAUGGAGGACGAGAGAGCAGAAACUGAGAAAGACAGGAGCAGGUCCAUCUCCACAUAA